UAAUGACCUUACUAGUAACAUAGAAAAACACAAGAAUGCCAUGUAAAUAAAACUUUUGUUUACCGUCAAGAAAUGUCUAAGUUACUAAAAUAAAUAGGUGACAGUGUCUCUAAUUAAUGUUUCGACCUUCGUAUCUACUUGUUAGAGCGAUCAGUUUGAACGAGAAUGAGACUAUCGACAAGGAACCAAUAGGAGAGGCAAGGUGAAUCCCGUCAAUGUUAUUGAUGCAGGCAAGAAGUUGGAAAGAGAUAAUGACCACGAAAAUGACAAGAAGAAUAGAGACUAAUGUCAAAACAGCAAGCAACAGCAAAGAUCAAAAUAAAGGUGGCGAUCAUAGUGAAGGUGGCAAGGGAAGUAAGAAUAAUACAGUACAGUUUGAUCAAUUAAGAUAUUGGCAUGAAGCAAAUGGGUGAGAAAGUUUCAUGACUGUUAAGGGAAGCAACUUUGCUCUGCCCAAGGCAAUAUAGCAUCACAUAAGAACCUAGAAAGCCGGAAAAGACUUCACUACUACAUGGUGACAAUAUUGAUGAAAGAGAUGCUGUCGUAAAUGUCAAGCUUUAACGUUAUGAUAAUACCUAAAGCAUAUGUAGGCAAUUUGAAUAGAUGAAUGAAUCAAUGUCGAAGCAGGUAGCAAGCCUAGACAUUUGGUACUAUUUCCCUUUAUUUGGUCCUCUUAUAUUGGUAUGGAAGCCUUUGUCUAGCACCACCGCCUCAAGAUCUUCAAAAUUCUGCAUCUCGAAACUCCACAAUUACCAAAGGAAUCUUCAUCCCUAUUAGUAGUUCAUGCCUCUCUAAGCUUGUUAGUGACCAGAAUUGGACAAGAAGCUCCGAUGACUGGAAAUCCAUGAGGUAAUGUGGUUCUUUUGGACUAGAUUUUGAUCUCAUAGAGCUCCAAAAUCCAGACCACCAUGUCUAGAUCAAACGCAAGUUAAGAGUAUAGAGCUCUUUAAAAUGCAAUCACAUUCAUAGGGUUAAUAAAGAGUAUAGAACUCUUUAUGGGUUUGAAAAUUCAAUUCGUCAAACCUUUGGUUAUAUGAUCCUAGCUUUCCAAGAUUGAAUUAUUUCAUUAGAGACAAACUAAAAAAGAAAGAACUGGUCAUUCCAUACAUCCUCCAAAAAUUGAACUGCAGAUAUGUUUAUCAAGGGUUUACAACUUGCACAUAAAAUUACCAAAUCAUGUCUCCAAUGUGGUCGAACUUGAGGGUAAUGGAUGACUCCUAGUGAUCUGAUCCACAAACACAACAAAAUUGUUGAACUUAAAUUCCAUGGAAAGACACCAGAUCAACAAAACAAAUUCUCUUCUCAUGGUUUAAGUUUGCUGCAAUCAAUGGUUGUCUAUCAAUAUAUGCAAAACUUCAGUAAAUAAUGACACAAUAAGCUUAUGUCGAUGCUUUACCAGCCUGAUUAUAAAAGGCACAGUUAUGGAUGUGGCAGCUAUUGCAGGUCGUUGAGAUCUGAGACCCUGAUUAUAUUCUCGACAUAGCCCACUACACCUGACAUAGACAAUGAUAGGCUCAACAAUAUUAGCCAACGAUUUCACUUGUAUUCUAACUAUAUGACUUAUAGAAAAUUAUUAACAUGAAUGACUGUAUAGGACAUUAAGCACCACAUGAGAUCUUCCAAGAUAACAGCAAAUCGAUCAUAAAGUAGCGACAAUAUUAAUAAGACCAUACAAAACCUUUUCCAAGUCAUGAGGCAAUACACAAUAUUAGCAAUGAUGACCACAUGAGUUCUGCAUGGGAUGGCUUGCUGAGCUUUCUUGGCAUGUUGUGCGCCUCCAAGAGCUGAGAUGCUUUAGAAAUUGAUAAAAUCCAGCAGUUCAUGGAGAACAGAAAGAAUGCCAAUAAGCUCUGCGAAAGGUCCUUUUUGGUUGAUUGACUUUGCCAAUUUAUGCAUCGUCAUCCAUCUCCUCGGUGCUUGGCAGGUAUACACCCAACCUGUAUAUGCCUUCAUUGAGGGCUGGGCUGCGAGCAAGUGGCAGACAAGUGACUUUAUCAAAAAAGAGCACGUUAUUAUCCUCCCAUACUAUGGGGCUUACAGCAUUAACAUGUUCCGGCUACUGUGGAGGACAGCAUAUGUGGUGUUGACAACGGCCAUAGCCAUGGCGGUGCCUUUCUUCAAUGAUAUCAUGGGACUGCUGGGAGCUCUCGCUUUCUGGCCACUCACCGUCUACUUCCCGAUCGAAAUGUUCAUAGCAUGUAACAAGGUCAAGCCUUUCACUUUCCGGUGGACAUGGCUUCGAGUGCUGAGCAUGGGCUGCCUUCUCAUAUCUGUAGCUGCUGCAGUUGGUUCUGUACAGGGAAUUGUUGCGGAUCUUCACACCUCUAAGCCAUUUCAAUCUUACAGUUAAGUGAAGGGGUGAUGGAAAAACAGCAGUUGCAUCAGCUCGAUCUGCAACUUCAUCUUCAUGUGCACAAAGUUCUUCAUAACAUAUAGAUCGAUAUAUCAUUCUCUAGACACAACCUUUCAGCAAAGCUCUGUACUGGAUCAAAUUAUAGCAUAUGAUUAACUGAGGGAUGUCUCAUGGUAACCAGUAAGUCCGAUAUCGUGUAACUCGUAUGUGAAUUUCCUGCUGUAUUUUGGGGUUACCUGAAGGCCGGGCUCCACAGAGUGAUUGCGGUCGAUCAGCUAUGUUGCAAGUAAACUUUGUCAUAUGUGUCAUAAUUGAAUGAAAGCUAGUUGAUUUGAUCUGUUAAAACUUGCUCGUUUUCUCUGUUGUAUAUACAAAUGCUUGGGGAUGAAUAUGUGGAUUGCCAACUAUCUAUGCGCUUAACUGGUUCUAUAAUACAUAGGAGAAAGAUCACUUCUUA